AUGGAGACGCCCUACACCGACCACUUGAGCCCGGAGGACUUCGAGCACGUUUACGAGCCAGCGGAGGACUCGUUCCUGCUGUUGGACGCCCUGGAAAAGGAUCUGGAGUACCUGGACCGGCUGCAGCCGCGUCUCUGCGUGGAACUGGGCUCCGGAUCGGGAGUGAUCAUUACGGCGCUGGCCAAGAAACUGGCUGGCUUUUCGCUGUGCCUAGCCACGGAUAUCAAUCCCAAAGCCUGCAAUGCCACCCGGAGAACUGCGACUCGGAAUGGCGCUCGCUUGGAUAGCAUUCGCUGCAGCCUAGCGGAUGCACUGCGCCCGCGAUCCGUGGACGUGCUGCUCUUCAACCCGCCCUAUGUGGUCACCAGUGACGAGGAGCUGCAGACGCAACAGUUCGAUUCGCACAGCGAAUCCUCAACGGAUCGCAAUCUGGUAUUCUCCUGGGCUGGUGGACAGGACGGGCGGCGCGUCACGGACAUUCUACUCAAGCAACUGGAUGACAUUCUUUCGCCUCGAGGCGUGCUCUACCUACUGCUGCUGCGGGAGAACAAGCCGGAGGAAAUUAUCAAAUACUUAGAGGGCCUCCAGUUCCGGGCUGUUAAGUUCAUGGAGCGACGCAUUCCUGGCGAGCAUCUGUGCAUACUGAAGGUCACCAGGUGCUCGGCAUCAUCAUGACUCGUGCAAUAGCAUCAUAUUAAAGUUGUAUUUUAAUUAACAGGUACAUUUUUAGGCGUUUAUUCUUAAAUUUGAUACUAAAUAAUAUGGAAAUAAUUUUAAUAAAAGUUGAAAUAAAUCAAAUAAAUGGUUUAUGAAGCUAGUGAUUAGUACUUCUUGAUAUUAGCUUAAAAGCUCUUAAGCUUUUAGAAGUUGAAGUUUUGGCGCUUAAAUUUGAAUCGCAAUAUAAAAGUAGUUCAACUUAAUUUUUCCAACGAAGAGACUGGAAUUUCCUCAUUCCUUUUUUUAAUAGGCAUGUGCUAAGCUAAUCGAUUUUCAAUCCCAAAAAGGUACGUAAUCAAAGGAAGUUUCCAAUUGAAUUUUUCCAUCAUCCCUUAGUAUAUGAUUUCUUUCAUAGGGAGGAUUGUGGGAACCAGCUUGUCAACCCCCGAAUGCAAACAGGCCGGGAUAUGGAAGGGAUGGAUCGGAGUAAUGUAGGGGCGGCCAAUCUAUGAGUUAUGUACCUACAUACAUGCUCCUGGAUAAGAACUACUACCCCUGGAACACGGAAGCGAGGUGAUUGCCCCACCCAAAAUGGCCAGAAGCAAUUGAAACAAACUUUUAUUGGCAUCGAACAGAUGCCAAAUGGGUGGUAUGUACGUACGGUUUUCGCUUUUACGUAAUUACAAUAAUUUAUUUCAUCGUUCAAAAUUGUUUCAUAUUCUCGUUUUCGAUUCAUGGUUCUAUCUUUCUGCCCGUUCGCGCUACUAGAUGUAAUUCUCGCACUGAGCAGAUACAUGAGUAAUUGGUAUUUACAAAAAUGCAUAGUUCUUUAACAUUGUCUGUGGUAUCGCUAUUGUUUAUCAGUAUCAAAUCGGCUGAUUUAUCUUGGGCAUAUUGGUUUAAUUGCACUCAAUUAUUCAGUUGCUGGUUGGCAUUACCAGCUUUAAGCCUCUUGGAGUUUGGAUCUGGGUCAGUGGGUGGAUUGUGUGUGUAUGUGGCUGUCUUUCCGGGACAAAUCGGUUAGAUUCGAGGAUAAUGGUGGUCGGGUGGAUUCGGUGUCGAGUGCCGCGAUUGACCAGCUGGGCACGAUUCGUUUUGAAAUAUCAGUCGUUAUAUGUUUAUAUUGAGAACUCGUCGUACGGGGUGUUGUGUGUAUAAAUAGUUUGGAUGCCCUUACUAAUAGAUACAUGUAACAUUAAAAGUUUAUUUCUUGCUCGUUAUUCGAUUCUCGAGUUGGUUUUUACAAUUUACAAAUGAAUUAGGCUUAUCAACGACUCGCUCGCACAACUUAUCAACAGAAUAAUAAACCCCUCGCUUUAAUACUGACAUAAGUACUUAAGAUUAGUCAUAGUUUAUAGUUAAAUGCUGAAACGAAACAGAAGGUUAGAACUCAAACUUCCCGAUGUUUUCCUUUCGUUUUUUCUUUUAAUUUGCCCCAAAAGCGAAGACCAAGUAGUCCCAGUGCCUUGGGUUUGGGAAAUUCGGGUGACUGUGGCCACAGUGGGCGCGAAAUUUUUGAAACCAUAGCUAAAACUUGAGUGUCAUUGAAUGCUCGUCGAGUAUGGGGUUUCAAUGAUUUUUGCGAUUUAUUUAAAUACAAUUUUUAUGUUUUAUUUGUUUUGUAUUUAAUUGCAUUUGCUGUUUUCUUUUCAUGUUCAUUUUCAAAUGUUCACUUUUGUAUUUUUGCUUCUUUCGAUCAUUCAUUCACAAAUGUAACGUCUAAUUUAAUAAUGAAUUUGAAUAUCGUGUGUGUGUGUGUGAGUUUCGUGUAUCUGUGUUUAAUUCACGGGCUUCGUUAACGCUACAUUUGAAAUCUUUGUAUAUCUUGGUUUACGCAUCAACUGGGCGUUUAAAUUAGGACUUAUAAGAUAAAGGAAAGAAAGAUUUUGGUUUUUUUUGUUCUUGUAUAUAGUGGGGAUGUUUACUUUUUGUUGGAUUCCGUAUAGGUUGCGUUUAUACGAAAAUGCCUUCAAUUACAAUUUUUGUUUGUUUUGUAGUUUUUUAUAAAAAAAGUACACAUAAAAUACAAUUAAAAUAAGGUAAGAAAUAAAAAAUUAUUUCUUAAACAUAAAAAUUAUAUACUUUUGCGAUUUUUUUGUGGUUUUUUCUCCUCCUCCUCAUUUUCUCCUUGUUGUGGUUUAUUUUCUGCUUCUUGGUUUAUUAUUAUAUUUUUUUGUUUUGUUUUUGCUUGUAACUUUUAU